AUGAAGCGAAGAGGGAGCUCGGAUAUUGAAGAAAGCAAAACCGUGACGCGAGCACAGCCGACCAUAGAGCUUGAGGCUGCGUUUGUUCUAUCAACACUUCAGAGACCAGUGUCGCCCCCACAAAUAAAACGCACCUUGACACUCGAAAACAUUAAGGAUCACGACCUGGCCGCUAUCGAAGCUGGGAAAAUCAAAGUGGAUGAUCAUCUUGGGAUCUUCUCCACCAGACUCAGUCAAUAUAGUCGCCCCAUUUCGGAAGCAACAUCAACUCACCGUCUCCCCAUAUCGGAGUGGGUCGAUCUCUAUCGUCGCAAUGAGCAUGCUGACGGAUGUCAUUUUGUGAUUCAUCAACAUGAUCACCCUAUCGCUGGUCCCCACUAUGAUCUUCGAUUGCAAUUUUCGGCGACUAGCUCGGUAAGCUGGUCGAUAAUGUAUGGUCUACCCGGCGAUCCGAAUAGCCAGCGAUUGAACCGAAAUGCAACAGAGACUCGCAUACACUGCUUAUGGAAUCAUCUAGUCGAGACUGCUUCCUUGAAAACAGGGAGUAUGAUAAUCUGGGACACCGGUGAAUACGAAAUCCUUCCGUACGAACCUGAUACAUCACAACCCGAAACCGAUGAUUCUAGAUCUGAAAUAUCCAAUCGAUCAGUGUCCCCACAAGAGAGAAUCACCAAUAGUGAAAAGCUUCAGCAUGCAUUUAGUAAUCGCAAGAUUCGUCUGCGGCUUCACGGCAUCCGUCUUCCAAAGAACUAUACUAUUAUCUUACGCAUGGAUAAAUCGACGGACUAUGCACGACCAAUUCGGACGGGUCCCAAGCGUCGCAGAAAAGCUCUUAGGGCCAAUGAACGUGCCGCAAGAGCUCCAUCAACAUCUGAGUCUGAGACCGAGUCCUCGCUGCUUAAAGUCACAGAUGAGGCUACAGAGGAAACAUCUGAGCGCGAGAUCUCAACUCACUCCGAUAAUGAGACCGAUCUACAGAUUCAAAUCAAUAAUGCAUACCCUGGCUCUAUUAAUACGAUCGGUUCCAUUCACCAGCGUCGCUGGUAUCUCAGCCUGGACAGACAUAAUUCUGGGUUUGAACGAAGAAUUGCCUACCAGGAGGAUAGUUCCUCAGGCUCAAGAACGAAGAAACGAAUAUGGGCUCGGAGUAUUGGUCGUCGGAACGAGUUGUCUGGAUUUGAGCCAUUUUACGUUCGAGGUCCGAAUGUUGAACAGAGUGUGAUCACAGGCCGUCUGGGACAGGAUGUCCUCAGCGAUGAGGGAGUAGAAGGGUUCAUACCUAGACAGGGUUGGAGACCGACAUUGAAUUAG